AUGGCCCACCCAGCCCAAUUAGGAUUCCAAGACGCCGCUUCCCCAAUCAUGGAAGAACUUAUAUAUUUUCACGACCAUACCCUUAUAAUUGUAUUUUUAAUUAGCUCAUUAGUUCUUUAUAUUAUUUCCCUUAUACUUACCACGGAACUCACUCAUACAAGCACCAUAGACGCUCAAGAAGUAGAAACAGUAUGAACAAUUCUACCAGCGGUUAUUUUAAUUCUUAUUGCCCUUCCAUCACUACGUAUUUUAUACAUAAUAGAUGAAAUUACAACUCCCACUCUGACCCUUAAGACAAUAGGUCAUCAAUGAUAUUGAAGUUACGAAUAUACAGAUUAUGAAAACCUAUGCUUUGACUCAUACAUAACCCCUCCUUUAGAACUCGAUCCAGGAGAACUACGAUUACUAGAAGUUGACAAUCGAGUAGUAUUACCAACAGAAAUAUCCAUUCGCAUACUCAUCUCUUCAGAAGACGUACUACAUUCAUGAACUGUGCCAUCUUUAGGUGUAAAAACAGAUGCUAUCCCAGGGCGCCUAAAUCAAGCAACCCUAAUGACUUCACGCCCAGGUAUCUACUAUGGUCAAUGCUCAGAAAUCUGUGGUGCAAAUCACAGCUUUAUACCAAUUGUGCUAGAACUAGUUCCGCUAAAGCACUUUGAAGAGUGACUACUAUCUACACUGUAA